GCAGGCUUAGUGAAGGUGAGAGUCUCCUCCAGCAGCCACGGUGACACGGGACCGGCCGGCUCGGGGGACAGGUUGGAAGCUGCCAGCCGAUUUGUGCUCUCUCGCUAUGGCGCCUCCGUCAGUCUUUGCCGAGGUUCCGCAGGCCCAGCCGGUCCUUGUCUUUAAGCUCACUGCAGACUUCAGGGAGGAUCCGGAUCCGCGCAAGGUCAACCUGGGAGUGGGAGCGUAUCGCACAGAUGAUUGCCAGCCCUGGGUUUUGCCAGUCGUGAGGAAGGUGGAGCAGAAGAUUGCUAAUGACAGUAGCCUAAACCAUGAGUAUCUGCCAAUCCUGGGCCUAGCAGAGUUCCGGACCUGUGCUUCCCGCCUUGCCCUGGGGGAUGACAGCCCAGCUCUCAAGGAGAAGCGGGUAGGAGGUGUGCAGUCUCUGGGGGGAACAGGUGCACUGCGAGUUGGAGCUGAUUUUUUAGCCCGAUGGUACAAUGGAACCAACAAUAAGGACACUCCCAUCUAUGUAUCCUCCCCAACCUGGGAGAAUCAUAAUGGUGUGUUUUCUGCUGCUGGAUUUAAAGACAUUCGGUCCUACCACUACUGGGAUGCAGCAAAGAGAGGACUCGACCUCCAGGGUUUCCUGAGUGAUCUGGAGAAUGCUCCCGAGCUCUCCAUCUUUGUCCUCCAUGCCUGUGCACACAAUCCAACGGGGACCGACCCAACUCCGGAGCAGUGGAAGCAGAUCGCCUCUGUCAUGAAGCGGAGGUUUCUGUUCCCCUUCUUCGACUCGGCCUAUCAGGGCUUUGCAUCUGGAGACCUGGAGAGAGAUGCCUGGGCUGUUCGCUAUUUUGUGUCUGAAGGAUUCGAGCUCUUCUGUGCCCAGUCCUUCUCCAAAAACUUUGGGCUCUACAAUGAGCGAGUGGGGAAUCUGACCGUGGUUGCAAAAGAAACUGAUAGCGUCCUGCGGGUCCUUUCCCAGAUGGAGAAGAUUGUGCGAGUUACUUGGUCCAAUCCUCCUGCUCAGGGAGCGCGAAUCGUGGCCUCUACCCUCUCGAACCCCGAGCUCUUUAAGGAAUGGACAAGUAAUGUGAAGACAAUGGCUGACCGGAUUCUGACCAUGAGAUCUGAACUCAGGGCACGAUUAGAAGCCCUCAAGACUCCUGGAACCUGGAGCCACAUCACUGAGCAAAUUGGAAUGUUCAGCUUCACUGGGUUGAACCCCAAGCAGGUUGAGUAUCUUGUCAAUGAAAAGCACAUCUAUCUGCUGCCAAGUGGUCGGAUCAACAUGUGUGGCUUAACCACCAAAAAUCUAGAUUAUGUGGCCACCUCCAUCCAUGAGGCAGUCACCAAAAUCCAGUGAAGAAACAGCCCCACACCAGCACCACCAAAGCCGUCCUCUGCCGCGCAUUCCCUGCCUGCCCAGACCUCCCUGCGCCACAGACUGCUGCUGAAGGGCUGGGAAGGCUGCCCUGGGAGGCGGCCUCUGGUCACGCUGGCUCCACGGGAAGAGGACAUCCCUUGAAAAGAAAUGGGGGCCUGGGAUUAGAGCCCUUUUGGAGGCCAGAGCAAAUUAAGGCUUUCAUUUAAGAAUAAAAAGGUAUUUUGAUCACGAGA